UUUAUGUUCUCGGGCUCUAUUUUCUUGGCUGGUUUGUACCUACGGUGCGUGUUACACCUGGUGCGUGUUAGACAGAGGGUGAUAUUGGUGUUAUUCUUUACAAAUGGCGUUAGGAAGCAUGCAGGAUUAUGGCCUGUGGUCAACAAGGCCUCCGCGUACCGAGGAAGACGAGCGCGAAUACAAGCGACGACGAGCCGAAGCGGCUCGACGGCGGCGACAGAACCUGAGCGAAGAACAGAAAGCGGCCGAGCGAGAACGCAACGCAGCCGCGGCUCGCCAGCGGCGGCUGCAUCAAACCGAAGAGCAGCGAGCGGCGGAACGCGAACGACACCGGGCUCGCCGUGCGAACCCUCAAGUGCGGGCGGCCGAGCGGGAGCGAGAUGCCGAAGCGAGGCGAAAGCGCCGGGCAAACCCUCACUUGCGGGCUGCCGAACGAACGCGACGUAGAGAACGGCGACUGUCCGAAGGAAUCAGACCGACGCUGUCCAGGCGACAGCGCCGGGCAAAAGCGGCGGCGGCUCGCAGAGAUCGGCGGCUGGCGGCCGAGAGAAGGCAGAUGUCGCCGUCGCCGCCUGCCGAGGACGAUGGCGGCCGGGAAUUCGUGCUCGACGACUUCGGACAGCUGUGCAGCGCGUGCGACCGUCUGUGCUUCCGCCAGGACGUGUCUGAGGUGUCCCCGCGACACGUCCAGCUGCUGUGCCGCGAGUUUCCCGACGAGAACGUCGCGGACUUUGUGCUGUGCAAGGCGUGUCGCGACUCCCUAGAAGCGGGAAACGUUUCCUCCCUUUCCAGACGUAACGGACACGCGUGCCCACCGAUGCCCGAAUGGUUCACAAUACUCAGUUCGGACGAAGAGGAGCAGCCCGUCAGCUGCACCGUGCACGGCCCUGUCCUAUCGGCCAAAGGUGUGCAGACAGAGGUGGUCGCGCCGCUGGGCAGAAGAGUGAACACUGCGAUUGGGUCCUCGUGGAUCGACGACAAAGGUGUGUCCAGGUCGACGCAGACGCCGUCUGCCAAGGUGCACAGCUGGACGGCGAUGGAAACCGACGAUCCUGGUGGCCUGCCAAAACGACGGCGCUCACCGAGGAAGCGGGCAAGGUGAAAAGUUGUAAAGCGCGAUGUUCAGCUGAAAGUAGUUACAGAAGAACUAGCUUUGAAACUGCUGAGACGACAAAGCUGAUACUAUCAGUGAUGACAGUGGAGCCCCAGUGACAGCCGGAUAAUCUUCCGUGCAGAGAAGAAAGCUCUACGGGGUGAACUGUGGAAUUCAGCAAUCCAUGUGCCUUGGCCUUUUCAUAUACCGACUUCCUUGCGGACAAAGCGACAUUUGUGUCGUCUGUGGAGUGGAAUGCGACGCAAGCCUUCACAACUGGUCACCAGCUGCGGGCAGCUGUUGGCCGAUGCAACUUUAUGCGGAAAAGGCUUUGCAGGGUGAUCCGCGACACUUUCAUGAACCACAUGCCUUGGCCUCUCACAUUCAGACAUCCUCACGGAUAAAUCCACAUUUGCAUCGUCUGUACACGUGUGAACUGUAAUGGAACAGACGCCUUUGCAAAUGGCCGCCAAUUGCAGGCACCUGGUGGCAGUGUUGUGGUGUGACGACAGUGGCCCAACAGAUCCAACAAAUGUCUUGCUGGUCAGUUAAGUGCCUUAUGUAUAAGCUUGCAUUAAGCAGGAGAGAAAAGGACUUGCCAGGUUACUUGCAGCAACAUCUGGUGGUAAAAUUGCUGUAGACCAACACACGUGUAUUUGUUUUGACUGGAUAUCCCAAAAUGUUUGUUUGUGUGCACUAUCACAGAGGGGAAGUGCUAAGCAGAUGUUACUGCCAUCCAUGUUUGAUGUACAGCCCUUGUCCCAGCUGUCUAAAGUGUGGGAAUAGUAUGCUUCCGAGACCCUCGGCUUACCACUGUCGUUGAAAAAAAAAAAAAGUGUACAAUCAUUGCAUUCCACUGGUGCUAACACAUGGGGCAGAAACUUCAAGGUUAACGACGAAGCUCGAGAACAAGUUAAGGACCGUGCAGAGAGCGAUGGAAUGGAAAAUGUUAGGUGUAACAUUGAGACUGGAAGGGAGCGGUAUGGAUGAGACUAAAUGGGGAUAGCCGAUUUUCUAGUUGACAUUAAGAGAAAAAAAAGCUUUAAGAGCUGGGCAGGCCAUUUAAUGUGCAGAUCAGAUUACUGGUGGACCAUUAGAGCUACAGAAUGGAUGCCAAGGGAAGGCAAGCAAAGCACAGUCGAGCUCGGCAGCAAAUUAGGUGGGGGCGAUGAAAUGAGGAAAUUUGCUUGUGCACGUUGGAUCGGCUAGCGCAAUACAGGGGUAUUUGGAGAUCAAUGGGAGGGGCCUUCGUCCUGCAGUGGACAUAAAAGUGAUGGUGAAUGUGGCCCCGAAUGUAAAGUGCACCCAAUUUUCUUGAGCUUAAAGUGAGAAAAUAAAAGCGCAUCUAACUUUAAUGUGUACCUGGAUGUAAUACGCGCCUGAAAUGAGACGUGCAAAAUUUACCUUUACAGAAGGCAAAAAAUUUUUUAUACAUUAGCUUUCGGAAAUAAAGCGGCAAGUUGUC